AUGCUGCCCACGCCCUUCUCGGUGCGGGACAUCCUCGAGCUGGAGGCUCCCGGCCAUCCCCGAGCGGCGCAGGACGAGCCGCGGCCGCAGAGAGCGAAGGAGGCGCAGAGGGGCGCCCCAAAUCCACGGGAGGGACUCCGGGCGCGGGAUGGGGAAGGCAGCGCCCCAAAGCCGAGCCCCGGGCAAGGGCGGGACCGUGCCGGGCGCUCCAAUCAGCCCCGGGGGGUUUGGCCCGGGCCGGAUAAAUGCGGGCAGGGCCGGGCGGGGACGCAGCGAGCCCCGGGCAUGAGCUCGGCCCGCACCCCCCCGGCCAUGAGCUCGGCCCGCACCCCCCCGGCCAUGAGCGGCUCCCCCGGCCCCGGCCCCGCACGGCCCCGCAGCUCCUUCCUCAUCCAGGACAUCCUGCGGGAGCCCGAGCGAGCCCCGGGCAGCGGGAACGAGGAGCGGGGAGCGGCCGGCGAGGGGAGCGGCGCGGCCACGGGAGCGCCCCCCGAGCGACCCCAGCCCAGCGCAGCCCCCGGGACAGCGCGGGGAGCAGAGCCAGAAGCGCCGCCGGGGCCGUUCCUGCCCGAGCGCGGCCCCUCCGCGGCCCCAGCGCCCCCCAGGCCGGGCAAACGCUCCCGCGCCGCCUUCUCGCACAGCCAGGUGAUCGAGCUGGAGCGCAAAUUCAGCCACCAGAAAUACCUGUCGGCCCCCGAGAGAGCGCACCUGGCCCGGCACCUGCAGCUCACCGAGACCCAGGUGAAGAUCUGGUUCCAGAACAGGAGGUACAAGACCAAGAGGAAACAGCUGGUGGCCGGGAUGAGCCGCUCGGACUCGCGCCAGGAAGCGCCAGAAUUCCCGGGAAUGUCGCUGCUGGCGCUCAGGGGCGCCUGGCCCUACCUGCCCUGCCUCUACUACGUCAACUCCUGGAGCCCCUCCUGGUAG